AUGACCGUAAAUCUGGACGACGUCAACGAAUCGCUGUUACCGCGUCGGUACCAGGAAGAGAUAUUUUCGCGCGCUCGCGGAGGCAAUGUUAUCGCUGCUUUGGAUACGGGUAGUGGGAAGACCUACAUUAGCACGCUACUGAUCAAAUGGAUCUCGGCGCGGGAUGCAGGACUGCGGAAGAUUAUCAUCUUCCUUGUGCCCAAGGUUGCUCUGGUGGAUCAGCAAGGUGAUUUCAUCAUGAAACAGACACCUCUACGCGUCAGCAAGUCCUAUGGUGCCACUGCGAUUGACUUGUCAGAUCGAUUCGGUUGGAGGAAGGAGUUUGCGAGCGCGGACGUUUUUGUCAUGACCGCGCAAAUCUUCCUCAACGUGCUCACGCAUUCAUUGUGGAGUCUUGACAGGGUGUCAUUGAUCGUAUUCGAUGAAUGCCAUCAUACGCGGAAGAACCACGCCUACAAUGGUAUAAUGCGCGAAUAUUUUCAGCAGCCUGUGGAGACGCGACCCAAGAUUUUUGGGAUGACCGCAUCACCUAUAUGGAACCCUAGAGAUGCCGUGGAGUCUCUUAUGACUCUGGAGAGAAAUCUGGACGCGAAGGUGAUCGCGGUCCGGCAUCAUGUCGAUGAACUUAUGACGCAUUCUCCCAAACCCGAGGAGAUCAUACACGAAUACCCCGCGCCUCCUGACGCGUAUCCUGCAUACCUAAGUCAUUCUCUUUGGGAUCGCCUGGACUUAGCCAGUCUCCCUCCAGACAUUGAUAUACCUGUAGAAAAGAUACGGACAAGGUACGAAGUGACAUUUGCUAGCCUGGGACCGUACGGCGCGGAGCUGUUCUUGUACACGGAUAUCAAGCAACGCAUCACGCAGAUGAUUAACCAGGCCAGCGACAUUGAUCUGGACUAUCUAGCUAUCAACUAUGCCGAAGUGAAUGGUGACAUGCCAAUGAUGCCGAGUCCUUCAGAUGUCCAGCUCCCUCCGGAAGUCAGGCAAUUGGAAUCUAUCCUCUCCGAGUUCCGCUAUUUGUUUGAGGACGAAAACGACCCUGAAACGUUACCGCUCACGGUCCACCUUAAGUGGUGCUCGCCGAAAGUCCGCGAAUUGAUUGAUCUUCUCUUUGCUCACUAUAGCUCCUCGUUCCAAGGCAUCGUGUUUGUUGAGCAGCGGCACGUCGCGGCAUGCCUCUCCCAGAUACUGCCUUGCGUUCCACAGCUCAGUCAUCUUAUCAAGUGUGGACAGCUCAUUGGACACGGAACAAGCGCCGUAGCUAGGGCGCCAGGGAGAGGCAUGGCUCUGAAAACCCAGCAAGAUGUCGUGAAACUGUUUCGGGACAGAGAGAUCAAUCUACUUAUUGCAACUUCAGUUGCUGAAGAAGGCCUUGAUUUUCCGGCAUGCGACCUUGUCAUCCGUUUUGAUCCGCUGCAGCAUAUGGUUGGAUACCUUCAGUCUCGAGGGCGUGCGAGGCACAGAACCUCGACAUUUGUGGUCAUGGUACAGCAAGGACAAGUCACUCACAAAGCUCGUUACAAGGCCUUUCAUGAGAGCGAGCCGCAACUGCGUCUUGUGUAUCAGUCACGCGACAGCAAAGCACAGAUUACGAUGGAAGAAGGUGAAGAGGAGGAGCGCGAUGACCCUGAUGAUCUCGCUGAAAGGGAGAGAUACGUUGUUCCCACUACGGGCGCCGUGCUCACAUACAACGGCGCAAUCGGUCUUCUCAACCACCUUUGUUCGCUCGUUCCACAUGACAGGUUCACACCGACGUUCCUGCCUCGGUAUUCUGGCGACUUCACGUCUACUCUCCACCUUCCUUCUACCCUACCGUUGCCGCAUAAACAUCUGGUCUACACAGGGCCAGAGAAGCGUUCUAAGAAGGAGGCGAAGCGAGCUGUCGCUUUCCUCGCUGUCAAGGAACUACAUGCGCUCAACGUCUUCGAUGACUACCUCCUGCCUGCUCAGAGCGUCACUGGUAGUGACAACGAGGAUCCAGAUGGUCGGCCUAUCCAAGACGUCAGCAGAGUGCCGGAGAUGAUGGAGGUUCAAGUCCGCGAUCCGUGGACGCGAGGCGCCGUGCAGUACUUGCACGUCGUCUACCUCGAUGGUCGUCCUACAGCUGGUCUAAUCACCGGCACUCUACUUCCGCCGGUGGAACUCGUCUGCAGCGGUACCUUUGUGAGCACCGGCGAAGGGCAGCUGCUCGAGUUCGAUACGCAGGAUGAGUGGAGACAGAGGCGUGCCAUGGAGGACUUCAUGAGAAUGGGCCUUUGGUGGUGCGUCACUGGAAGAGGGAUCACUCUUCCAAUGACGUGCUACCUAGUCCCUAUUACUCAUGCGAUGAAGCCGGACUUCGAUGCGAUCGACCGUGCGGUUGCACAUCCGUACGGUGCGUACGACUGGUCCGGUAUCACCGAGCAGGACUACAGGCAUGUGCUCGUUAUGUGCACGAAGGAGCCUGGCCGAGCACUGCUCUUGAAGGGCAUCCGAACUGACAUGUCUCCCAAGUCUACACCCCCGCAGGGCUCACGGGAGGCCGCGUUCCCCACUUACCGAGAAUUUUGGCAGCACAAAUAUACGAGAAAGGAGGUUGUCCCGGACAUCCCGGCCGACGGCCCUGUUGUCGAGGGAACCCCCUACUUUAGGCAUACAUCUUGCAUCUAUUCGUUGGAUAAUGGGCCUGUUACAGUGGAUGCCCCAACGAAGAAACAGCAGUCUAGUAUCUUCUAUCCCAUGGCGUUGGCACAGUGGGCAGAGAUAUCGGAGGAUGUGUAUCGCACAUUUCAUGUUCUGCCAGAGCUGUGUCACCGUGUUUCCGAUCUGUACCGUGCUCGUGCAGCUCGUGCAGAGCUAGGUCUCCCGCCUAUUAUGGACGACCUCAUGGUGCAAGCACUCACCCUUCCCAGCGCCAACGCGGGAUUCAGUAACCAGCGGCUGGAGACACUGGGUGACUCGGUCCUGAAGCUUAGCUCCGUUGUCCAUCUGUACAACAAGUUCCCACAUCGACAUGAAGGCCAGCUGGACAUGUUGCGGCGGAAGUCUGUGGCAAACCGAACGCUACUCGCGCGCGCAAAGGAGCACGGGCUAGAGCGGUAUCUCUCUGGAGAGACGCAAAGUAUGCGCUUUUGGAGACACACGCUUCCGCCCUCUGUCGACCCAUCCUCCGCCGAGCCGCACCGAUAUUCCCCCAGGCACAUCCCUCGGCGCAGUUUACAGGACUGCAUGGAAGCUACCCUUGGAGCGAGCUUCGCGACAGGCGGUAUACCCAUGGCGCUCCGCGCAGGUACGGCUCUCGGGCUGAGCUUUGGUGGUACGUCGCCUUGGAAUGAGCGAUAUGGUGGCCGUAUGCCUCACACUGCGGUGUCUGCACUGUUUGCGGACUUGCAAGAGGUACUGGGCUACAGUUUCCGGCAUGGGCACCUGCUGCUUGAAGCGGUGACACAUCCUUCAUUUGGAUCCACGGACUGCUGUUCGUACCAACGGUUAGAAUUCCUCGGAGAUGCGCUCAUUGACCUAGUCGUUAUGCAAUAUCUAUUCGACAAGUUCCCUCAGGCUACUUCUGGCCAACUUUCAUGGGCACGCUCCCGCGCCGUCUGCGCUCCAUCGCUCGCGUCUGUCGCCGUCAAGCGUCUGGGACUGCACAAACUCCUGCUCGUCAACAACGUUGAGCUCAGCAUCGCCAUCAGCAAGUAUGUGCCCGUAUUGGAGGAGAUCUCGGGCGCGGACAUGAUCAACAAUGCGUGGAAACAGGAUCCACCGAAGGCCAUCAGCGAUGUUCUCGAGAGCGUCCUCGGUGCGGUCCUGGUGGAUACAGACUGGAAUUUUGAGAAAGCGGCCGCUAUCACUGAAACAGUGCUUGAAGAACUGCUCGUCGUGUUGUCGCCAGACCUCCCCAGGGAUCCUGUCUCAGAACUUAUGGUCUGGGUGGCGCAGUCGGGAUGUAGGAAGAUAAGCUUCCGAAAAUCCCAAAGUCGCCUUGAGGCCAAGCGCAACGACAGCAUCUCUGUCAUCGUGCACGACAUUGUUGUCGUGGGUCCCAUAACGGCGCCCAAUCUAUCUUUGUCGAAGGGACUUGCCGCCGAACGCGCCCGUAUUAUUCUUGACGAUACCGCUUCGCCGCAAUACUUGCGGACUAUUUGCGAUUGUGGCAAGGCUGAGACGGAGGUCAAGCCUGCAGUUGCGCCUGUAGAAAUCACCGAGAAGACGACACUGGACGACGAGACGGAAGAGGGUUUCGCUACUCUUGCACACAUUAUCCAGGAUGAGCUCAGCGGCGUUUCGGGCAUUCCGCGGGAAGACCUGGAAGAUGAUGAUUCUACAAGCGAAGACGAGGACGACCUCAUCGUGCUGAGCGACGAGCGGGAGGUGGAGGACUUGAUGCAAGUCGAAGAUUAA